AUGGUCGUUGCCGUCUUGGGGUAUGGCAGCAGUCGUGGCAGUAGCAGUAGCCUGCCGCACGAGAAGCCCCCGUGCGCGCCUCACUCCCCUCACUCUACUCUCGCGCCUCUCGCGCGUCUCGCGCAUGACGCGCAUCACUCCAUUCACGCGCUUCAACGCGUCUCGCGUCGCCUUCUGCAAGAAUCGCCCGCCUCGCCCUCUGGCAAGUCCCUUCCGCCGUGCAUGCUCCCUUUCCUCCCCUCCCCGCGCAUGCGCGCUGCCCCCUCCCCCGUGAAUGUCUAUCCCCCUUCUAUCCCGCCCUCCCAUUUACCUCUUUCUUCCCUCUCGUCCCGCCUCCUUCUCCUCCCCUCCCGCGCCCCUGCGCGCCCCACACUGUCAGGUGGCUGGAGCAGCCGUCUGCAGUCGCACCCUCUUCUCAUAUCGUUCCUCGCCACGCUCCUUUGUGCUGCAAUCAUCUUCGUUAUAGCCAGCAUCGGUUUCUGCAUGUGCUGCCGACAAGCGAGGAGGGCAGAGAGCAGCUUCGACGAGGUGUUUCUAGCAAACUACAUCGCGCGCUCCACCCACCACUACGACCCCCUGCUCAAGCUUGGUUCGGGUCCUUUUGGCGAGUCCUUCCCUUGCUCCGGACCAGAGGGCGAGCCUUGGCUUGUGGUUCGGGCCACCAUACCUGAUGGUUUGGCAGGUGCCACGUGGCUGCCUUGGACUGGCGCAGCUGCCAAGAGAAGAGCGUUCAACGAGGAAAUCGUCCGUUUUUCUGGUCUGUCGCAUCCCCAUCUGCUGCACCUGAUUGGCUGGAGCGACCAGCCUCUGGGGCAGCCGGGCGGCAGCGGGCGGCUGAGGCAAGUGGGGGAGAGCAUGAGGCAAUGGGCGCAGAUUCUGUGGCGGAAGAGAGGCGCGCAGGAGCAGGGAGGAGGUGGGGGGGGAGCGGGGCGCGGCAUUGGUGGGGGGUCUGGGCGAGGUGAGGGGGAAGGUGAGAGUUCUGGGCGAGCAGAGGGUGAGGCGUUACGGCAAGCAGGGACGCAAGGCAGAGCAGAAGGGACUGCAGGUGGAGAGGAGGACGGGGACGAAAGGGGGGAGAAAGGGAAGGCGGGUGACCAAUCUGCUGCUCCUUCUAAUUGUCGAGUGGAGGUAGGAGGAGAGCGGGUGGGGAAGGAAGGGAAGGGCGGAAAGGGUGGGGAGGGUGUUAGGGAAGGAAGGAAGGGGUGGAUGAAGCGAACACAGUGCGCACCAGAACCAGGUGGGGGGAAGGUAGGGAGUGGGGCGUGGGAAGCAGAAGAUGGGGGAGGAGCAGCAGAAGCAGGAACAUCAGCAGUAGCAGGAGGAAGAGCAGAAGAAGCAGCAGGAACAGGAGCAGCAGCAGCGGCGCCAGCAUCAGUGGGAGGGAGAGGAGGCGGUGGGGGGAGGGAGCUGCUGCUGCUGUACGAGUGGUCUGACCAAAAGACACUGUGUGCUCGCUUGCAGGCACAGAGGGAGUUGAUGAUGCAGGGCAGGGACAGUGACGCACAGUCCGCACAACCACUGGCCUUCUCUCAGCGUCUGGACAUCGCCUCAGCCAUUGCAGAGGCGCUGUGCCAUCUGCACACGGUGGCCCAGCCCCCCCUGGUGCACCGCCGCCUCUGCUCCUCCUCGGUCUUCCUUGAAGUGCUGCCCGUGGCCCGGUUGGCGAAUCUCGGUAUUAUCAAGGGCCUACCCAGCUCUCCCUGCUUACUUCAGCAGUGCCACGUGGCAGCUCCUCAUAGGGACCCGGAUUGGUGGGAGCGCAUGUGGCCAACCACCCGCACCGACAUCUAUAGCCUGGGCAUUAUCAUGCUAGAGCUGCUCUCAGGCUGCCCAGCCACCACUACGGAUCAUGCCACUACCAGCACCACCGUCUCCCUCGAUGUGCACCAGAUGUUAGCCAGCAUAGCAACCGACGAUCUUGCUGCGGUCCUUGAUCCUUCAAUAAGCGCCCAGUCCAUGCCGUUCCGUCCCAUCCGCUCCUUCGCCCGCCUCGCCACCCGCUGCGCCGCCCCUGCCGCCCGCUCUCGUCCCGACAUCAGCACAGUGGUAUCAGAGCUGCAGGGGAUCAGCCGGGCGAUGAUUCGACUCAGCAUGGCCCGCACCACCGCCCACAAUUCGUUUGUGUCACGAGCAGACUCCUGCCUGAACUCUCCAGAUGGCUCUGAAGAAGAUUCACCUGAAGAUUCACUUGCAGCUUUACCUGAAGAUUCGCAGUCUGGCUCACCAGAGCCUAUGCAGGGGGGCGCUGAGGUGGGUGGGUCGCAGGAGGAAGUCUUCCUCAGGGCGCACGAGACUUCCUCCUGUUAG